AUGGAAAACACACCACUGGAACAGAUCUUCCUGGGCGCCAUUUGUAAAGGACCUCCAGACCAAAUGCAAGACAACCCUGAACGUGACCAAGCGACUCAGCGGACGGCACUCCGGCUGCCCCCAGAGGACCCUCCUGGCCGUCCAAAACGCAACCACGGCCGCACGGGUCCUGUAUGGCUUCCCUACGCGAAGCCCAGCAGAACAGCCCUAGAAUCCCUGGAACUACUCCACCGUCGCGGAAUGAAGCUGGCCCUCGGACUCCCACCUUGGGCACGGAACGUCGCUGUGCACGCCGAGGCUCCCACCCUCCCUCUCCAACUUCGAGCCACCCAACACCUGCUUAACCAGCUCACCAGACUGAACAGGACAACAGCUGGAAGGGCACUGCUGCAGCGUCUAAGAGACCGAAAACGGAGCCAUUUUUCAUGUAGUCUAUUCACGCGGGACCAGCUGUUCGAGCCGAUCCCACCAGUCCCCAGCCCUGAUGCUCCAUGGAGGCUCCUCGAGACCACCAUCCACGCAACACUGCCAGGCUUGCUACGGAAAAAGGACGUACCGGAUACGGUGGCACAGCUCCUGGCCCCCGGGCGCCUUCAUGAAAGCUACCAGGACAACCUGCAAGUGUACACGGACGCCUCAGUCGACCCUGGACGACGCGCCUGCGCCCUGGCCUGCCACAUCCCAAAAACACAGUUUUCCUGGGCCGAAGGAUUGUCCGGAUCCCUCUCCUCCACGGAAGCAGAACUCCUGGCGAUAACGGAAACCCUCGACGUCAUCGCCAAGACAAGCGCCACCAAAGCGGUUAUCCUCGCGGGCUCCCGCGGGGCACUUGCACACCAGAAGCUGCAGCUCCUCCUGGCGUCCGGCCACCGCAUCGCGCUACAGUGGAUCCCGUCCCACAAAGGCAUCCCCGGUAACGAGAUGGCAGACCCCCUGAGCAAACAGGCAACCACCAAGGCCCUGGUCCACCAGACCCCACCCACCACCAGCAGGGCUAAGAAGACCAUCGCCCUCCACGUGCGCAGUUUCCACCCGGACAAGCCCACGGCGGAAGGGAAAGCACCCCCACCCUGCAUCACAGCCGGCCUAUCCAGGGACGAGGCAUCGCUGCUGCUGAGGCUCCGAACGUCGUGCCUUCACACGGGCUUCACGAUCGGCCAGGUCGACGGCCCACGCCGCGGAACCAGCGGAGUCCCAGGAGAGUGA